AUGCGGCUCAAGUUCUGGCUGGUGGCUGGGGUGCUGUUGGCAGCGCUGGGCACGGCCUGGCUGCAGGAGAGUGUGUGUCGGGCACCGGAUGGCAAGGACGGCCUCCCCGGGGUGCCUGGCCUUAACGGGAGGCCAGGGCAGAAAGGUGACAUGGGAGAGCCAGGGAAACCAUCACGAAGAACUGGCAUCCGUGGGCUCAAAGGGGAUGAAGGUGAGCCAGGGAUUCCUGGGAGUCCAGGAAAUCAAGGCUACCUUGGUCCAAGUGGACCCCCUGGGCUCCCAGGUGAGCCAGGGCCGAAGGGGGCCAAGGGCAAGGCUGGCAACAUCAAGGAGCAACCGCGUCCAGCUUUCUCGGCCUCGAGGAAUUCCCCCCCACGCCGGGGCAACACUGUAGUGUUCGACAACAUCAUCACCAACGAGGAAAACUCCUACAGUGCCCAGACCGGGGAGUUCACUUGCAGAGUCCCCGGCCUCUACUACUUCGCCUACCAGGUCAUCUCCAGCGGAGACCUCUGCCUGAGCAUCACCAAGAACAGGGAGAGCAUGGUCAGCUUCUGCGACAACAACGCCCGCGGCAUCCUGCAAGUGAACUCGGGCAGCAGUGUGCUCAGCCUGGCUGCGGGCGACCGGGUCUCGGUGACCACCGACCCGCUGAAGGGCAACACGGUUUACAGCGGCUCCGAGGCCGACAGUGUCUUCAGUGGCUUCAUGCUCUUCCCACAAAUGGGUGCAUGCAGUGGCUUUACAUUGUGCCUCCUGGGGCUGUCCCAGCCCAGGGGACAGCCAGGAACUCUGCUGCUGCCCCAAGACUUUGCUUCCAUCAGCAUCACGAGAAUGGGGCAGAGCUUUCAGGAGCACAUUGGUCUGGCCCUCACCCUCCUUCUGCUGCCUGUGGGGGCUGCAGCGACCAGAGAAGAUCAUCACAACUGCUAUGGGGCUCCAGGUCUCCCAGGCAUGCCGGGCAUGCCGGGCAAGGAUGGCCGGGAUGGGCUGAAGGGAGCCAAAGGCGAGCCAGGCAUCCCAGCCAUUUCUCGUGCUGAAGGACCCAAGGGUAUGAAAGGGGAACCAGGCAGUCCCGGCUUGCCAGGCAAGACCGGCCCCAUCGGUCCACCUGGUCCUCGUGGAGACAGGGGCGGGAUGGGCCCUCCUGGCCAGCCGGGAAUGCCCGGCAGCUACAAGCAGAAGCACCAGUCGGCAUUUUCAGUGUCCAGACAGACUGACGUGUACCCCCUGAAGAACGUCCCCGUGGUGUUCAACCACGCCAUCACCAACACGAACAACGACUACAACACCACCACGGGCAAGUUCACCUGCAAGCUGUCCGGCCUCUACUACUUCGUCUUCCACACCUCACUGACAGCCAACCUCUGUGUCUUGCUGUACAAGAACACAAAGAAGGUGGCCAGCUUCUGUGACCACAAGACCAACACCGUGCAGGUCAGCUCGGGUGGGAUCCUCCUCCAUCUGGUAGCUGGGGACCAGGCCUGGCUGGAGGUGAAUGAUUACAACGGCAUGCUGGGCAUCAGUGGCUUUGACAGCAUCUUCUCGGGCUUCUUGCUCUUCCCGGACUAGAGGACAGCUAUAUCCCACCAUAGUGUGCUGAGCUCUUCUCCUUGCCAUGCAAAUGCUGUCACUCACCGCCUGGUCUCUGCUAACUCCUCACCACUGCAAAGUUUGCCUGCUAGGCUGGAAGAUCCAACA